AGCGCAAGGUAACUUGUCACGGAGCGAGUCAAUCAGACGGGGAAAGUCUGGCUAUUUGGCGGCGGGGUUUUGAUGCUGGCGAACCGGGAAGCAGGAAGCUCGGCCGGCGGCGCUGAGGAGGCGCCGCCCGGCUUGUCCGUUGGCGAGGGGGCGCGCCUUGGCCGGCCUUCUGGGGGUCUUCUGUCCCGCAUGGUGGACUGGAAGCUGAGAGCGAGGAGGACUUUCGCCUUGUUUGCUGCAGCCAACGCGGCGAUUUGGUUGUUGUCCUGCAGCUGGUUGCGAGUGUACUGCCUGCUCAUGCUCCUGCUGGCUUUGAAGGUCGUCAUGGCAACUGUCAGGGAUGCAAUUGGUUCCAGAAGCAAAGGAGAUGGCGUAUGGUGCAAAAUUUUGGCAAGGUUGUCACCUCAAGACCGUGGAGCAGGACUGAGCUUGGAGAUGAUGGACCCGGACUCAGCCCAGGACUCAGGCUCAGAACUCCACCCGAGCAGGUCCCUGCACCUGUUCCUGCAGGAGACGUCGGCCUUCAAGCAGCAGAACCCCGGCAAGUUCUGUUUGCUGGUGUGUAGCUUCUGCACUUUCUUUGCUGUCGUCGGACGGUACAUUCCAGGAAUUAUCAUCUCCUACUUACUUGUAUUGUCGGUCUUCCUAUGGCCUGUACUUUCGUCUCCGGAGGCAUCCUUGAGGCUGAAGCCAGUUUUGCAGAAACUGGAUUUUGGUGUGGCGGCGUUGCUGCAGAAGAUAAAAGACGAUCACGAAAAAAGAAUCUUGAAGGCUCAGGUUGAGAAGGAGUCCGUGGAAUCUGACCUUUCGUCCAUGUUUCCCAAGUUGGACUCGGCAGCCUGUAAGGAGUUGUCAGUGUCAGACACGUCGGUGUCCGAGGUGACGUGGACAGACAACUUGAAUCUGUCGGAGGAGAACACACCGCAGACGGAGAACUCUGAAGACCUGGACAGGGAGGAGGUGUUCUCUGGGGGUCUCCAUGACUUUCCUUCUGUGGAGAACGGGGCCACCACUAAUGGCGAAGACGACGACAACUUCGGCCUGCCCCAGCCUAUCGAGAGCCAGCAUGCCCCUCUGCUGCAGCCAGAGGGCCCACACGGUGCCAUCGACCUGGUCCAGAACGUGGUCCGCGACGCUGUCGCUGUCGCCAUCCAGGAACGGAUGGAAGCGGCCAUGGGAUUCAGACUCCCCAAGGUGGCCGACGAGUCGGACAGCGAGGCCGAUGACUUUGAGCUGCUGGACCAGGCUGAGCUGGACCAGCUGGGGGCGGAACUGGACCUCUUGGGAGAGUCCAGAGUCAAGACCGCUGUGGAAGAAUGCAGUGACAAACCCGCCGGGUUCUUUGCUAAACUUCUGAGACGCCACUGAUUCACAAGACGGUGAGAGAGCAGUGAAUUACGAGUUUAAUUCAUUCUGUGACCAAGCUCGUAACUCACUUAAAUUGUACAAGGGUACAUUGAGUUAUGAGUGCCACAACUUCUAUAGUUUUUCGUGUUACAAGCCAUUGUUUGCUCGUUUUCUUUUGUUUUGUGUUUCUUGCAAAAAAUGUUUUCGGUGAGCUUUGGCAGCUUUGAAUAUUGUGAUCUUGUCUCUGUGUUGCGCCUCCAUUUGUGUUCAAAUAUCUAUCCCUUAAAGGGUUAUAACACUGCAACUAUCAGUAAAUCGUAAGCAUGUCUGUGGUGUUUUUUUUUUUAAUUAACUGUCAGCAUAAAACUACCAGGGGCAUUUCUAAUACAAAGUUGUUUAGUUUUUCAAUUAUUUGAAAUAAAUAAUUUAUAAUUUAUUUUAUAAUAAUUAUUUUACAGUCAACUUCAACAGGAAGUGUACAUGAAGCCUCGUUUUUGAAGAAUUGUUCACUAUUUGCUAAUCUGCUGCUUAUUGUGAAAUGCGUUGUGUUUGCUGGCAUCGUACAACACUCUUAUAGCAAAUUUGUGCUUGUAAGUCAAAGCAAAAAAAUCGACUGAUGAACAGCUCUUACCUUGAAAAACUCAGAAGUCGGGUCACUCGUAUCUCAAGGCACCACUGUACAGAUAUCUGCCGUGCUUUGUGCUUGUAUUUUCUUUUCCUUUUUUUGUGCAGGUGUUUUGCCAAAUGUAUUUUUUCAAACCAUGGGUCCUCACACAAGGUGAGUCCUGAGAAGCUUGUACGUCGCUCAAAUUUUUGCUCCUUGCACAAAGCAAAAAAAGCAGCCAAGUAAACCCUAUGGAAAAACUUCCAAGUUGGGUCACUUGGAAGUCAAGGAACCACUGUGUUAUUUUUCUGGCCAAAUAAAUCACCACUCUAAGGGAUUCCACUUCCUCAAAAUUAACCAAAUUUGGCCAGUGGGUUCUUCCUGGUGCUGUGCUUGUUUGUGGUAACCCCUAUAAAUGGAAUCAUAGCAUUCACAUAGCACAUAGCAUAGCAAGUGAAGGUACUCUAAAGCGCACGAGAAAUAAGUUUUUAAUAUGGAUUUGAAAACACACACUUGGAGCUGACGUCACCUCUCUUGGCAACUUAUUCCAUUUGUUUUGCACCACAAUAGGUAAAUGCCUCUUCACCGUGUUUGCUUUGGACUCUGCACUCCAUUCUUAUACCUCAGUCAGUUGAGCUCCUACUGGGUUUGUAUUAGCACUUCUUUCAUGUAUUCAGGAUCUAAACCAUUUACUGAUUUAUAGACCACUCACAGAACUUUAAAAUCUUUUCUAAAACUGGCUGGAAGCCAGCGUGAAGACUUUAGAAUUGGAGUUAUAUGCUCUGACCGCUUUGUUAAGGUCACAGCCUGUGCUGAAGCAUUCUGAACGAGCUGCAGCUAUUUAAUGUUCUUUUGAGGGAGCCCAGUCAGAAGACCAUUUCAUUAGUCAAGUUUACUUGAGAUAAAAGCAUGGAUGAGCUUCUCCUGGUCUGCUUGACACAUGCAGGCCUUCACUCUCGACAUAUUCUUCAGAUGGUAAAAGGCAGUUUUAGUAAUUGAUUUGAUAUGGCUGUUGAAGGUUAGGUCGGAAUCCAUCAGAACAUCAAGGUUUUGGACUUGGUCUUUGCUUUUUAAAGAUAGUGAGUCCAGCUAUUUAUGAUCACCGAUCCUUUUUCUUUAUGGCCAAAAACAAUUAUCUCGGUUUUAUUGUGGUUUAGUCAAAGAAAAUUUUGGCUCAUUCAGUUAUUUAUCUGCUUUAGACAGUGGUACAACACCUGAAUUGAACGAUAGUCAUCUGGAAACACUGCUACAUAUAAAUAACUGUGUGUCAUCUCCAUAGCUAUGGUGGUCAAAACUAAAGUUCUCGAAAAUUUGACCCAAGGGUAGCAAACAGAAGCUGAACAGGAGGGGUCCAAGAAGUCACCCUUGAGGGACCCCAUGUGGAUACAUGGAUUUCCUCAGGAGAUCCCAAAAAAAUUCCAACCUUCAUUUUAGUUUUAAGCAUCCAUUUUAAGAUUGGAAUGUCAACCCAGGUCCUCAGAACUCUGAGGGAAACAUGAGCCAGUUGUGGCACUGUGCCAGCAGAAAGGACAUCAUAAGUUUUUUUUUUUUUUUUAAUUCAGCUCCCAAACCCAGUUUAACUUGGUGAUGUGAACUUUGUUAGAUCUGUUUAUCAAGAGUUGACCCACAAAAAAGUCUCAAGAAGCCAUGUUGUAGAAGGCAGAGGAAGUCUCCCAUUUUGCUUCAGAGCAGCCAUUUUAAUGUCAUGUCAACCAUUUCCAGGGGUUGCUAAAUUGUUCAAUGCCUUUUGAAAUUUUGGGAAAAUUCAGCUCACAAAAGCCAGUAUGACUUCAUAACAUGUAAUUUGGUUUUCAUGUCUAUCAUUGGGAUACCCACAAAAAUUCUUGAAACAACCUUACUUAAAAGAGGACACGUGUAGUCUGUCGUUUUGCUCUGAUCAGAUGAUAAUUCAGUCUAAAAGGUUGUUGUGUUUGUUGUUGCUAAAGUUGUAUUUGUCUGGGUGGAUUUAUUGGCCAUUCACUGCAAAAUUAAGAAAUUUUGCUAAUUAGAGUGGAUUGUACAGAACAGUAUAUUGAAUGAAUGUAGAAACAAAAGGAAAAUCCACUAAAAACGAUGGCAGUCAGUUGUAAUGUGACAAUGUGUAGUUGCAAAUUCCUUCAAUCUGAUUAGUUUCUUUUUUAUUAGGUUUUAUCCUACUGAUUGGAUUUUUUUUUUUACUUUGUCCUUUUUAAACAUUUUAUAACAUUUUCAUUUAAGCUACAAUUGUUGUCUCAUGCUUCAGUAAAAUCCACAAAUGCUCUUUCAGCGCUUAUUAAGUAUUUACCUUUAAAACAAUGCACUUUGUCCAUGUUUUAUACUGAAAUCACAAUCAUUGUAAUUAUCUUCUGUGUGAUAAUCAUGUGCUUUUGUAUGAUGAGAUGUCAAAUGUUAGUUUGUGUAAGUUCAACAGUGCCUAAAAAUCUGCUGCUUUAGGUCCAGUGACUGUUGAUCGAAAACUGAUCAAGCUUUACUUGACAGAAUGUUAUCGAUAUAGUCAGAUAUGUUAUAUAAUUAUGAUAAAUGUUAUCAGUUGCCUU